AUGGAAAAAAAUAUACUUGACAGUCUCCUCGACCUGGAAGAGGAAUUCUACCAAGAGGGCUAUAACUUGGGUGCAACUGAUGGUGCCCAGGCUGGUUACACUGAAGGAAGCGUAUUUGCCGUUGAAAAAGGCUUCGAAAAGUUUUUUGAAUUGGGAAGAUUAUAUGGCAAAGCACUCGUCUGGGCCCAGAGACUCGCACAUUCUGACUCCUCCCGGAAUUCGUCACUGGAGAGUGAUAAAACAGAUACCCGCAAGUCUCAGCCAUAUAAUGAGGAUGACCUUCUCUUAGAACCAUUCGUAUGCAAGGAGAUGCUGCCUCUUCCCGCCAGUUCACGGCUGGCCAAAAACCUCGAGAUUCUACUCGAAUUAGUUGAUCCAGCUUCGUUGCCUAUGGAGAACACGGAAGAAGCUGUCACAGAUGUUGAUGAGCGUCUUAAGGGCGCUACAAUCAAGGCUAAGCUUAUCCAGCGAGCGCUUGGAGAACGGGAGGACGGUUCAGACAUCCAUCCGGACGUCAAGGAUGCCCAGGUAGCCGGUGAUGGAACAGGGAGCAUUGAGGACAUUAGCUCACUGAGCAUUCGCCAUUAG